GGGACCGGCGCUUGGUGAGAGCGUGCGGCCAGAUUCGCCACAACAUGGCAAAUCUUUUUAUAAGGAAGAUGGUGAACCCUCUGCUAUAUCUCAGUCGUCACACAGUGAAGCCUCGAGCCCUCUCCACAUUUCUGAUGGAAUCCCUUCGAGGUGCAGCCCCCGUGGCUGUGAAACCCGGGGCAGAAGUGCGCUCACUUCUCUCACCCGGCCUCCUGCCCCGCCUGCUGCCCGCACUGGGUUUCAAAACCAAGGCUGUUCUUAAGAAGCGCUGCAAGGACUGUUACCUGGUGAAGAGGCAGGGCCGGUGGUACAUCUAUUGUAAAACCAACCCGAGGCACAAGCAGAGACAGAUGUAGACCCUUUCCCUCCAGAGUCACGCACAUACUCAUCAUUGCGUCACUUGGGA